AUGAAUAAACUAGGAAAUGUGUUUUCUCGUUGUAGCCUUGUCAACAAGAUUUGGAAACGUUCUAUAAAUCUUCAAGAAUAUCAGUGCAAGAAGUUGAUGUUAGAUCAUGGGAUUAACGUGCAAAGAUUUGUGCUUGUCAGAAAUUCUGGUGAAGUGGAUACGACAAAGCACAAUUUCAGAGUCAAAGAGUAUGUUAUAAAAGCUCAGAUACCGGCAGGUGGUAGAGGAAUGGGCGUUUUUCGUGAUGGGUUUAAAGGUGGCGUUCAUCUUACGAAGGAUCCAGAUGAAAUGGCACUCAUAGUGUCGAAGAUGCUUGGGAACCACCUUAUCACCAAGCAAACGACAUCCUCUGGUAUCCUUGUCAGCCAAGUCAUGGUAGCAGAGGCACUUGAUAUUCACCGCGAAACAUAUUUUGCUAUUUUAAUGGAUCGAACAUCUAACUCCCCAAUCAUGGUAGCAUGUAGCAAAGGUGGAAUGGAUAUUGAAGAACUAGCCAAACGUUGCCCAUCUGAAAUUAUCAAAGAACCUAUUGAUGUAACUGUCGGGGUAACUGAAGACCAGGCAUCAAGGUUUGCCACAGCUCUGGAGUUCAAUCCACAUACUCAGUUGUAUGAACAAACCUGCAAACAAAUUCAAAAACUGUACAAAAUGUUCACAGCUUUAGAUUGCGUUCAGGUUGAAGUUAAUCCUUUCGGUGAAACAAAGGAUGGUCAGAUUGUAUGUUUUGAUGCUAAAUUAACUUUCGAUCAGAAUGCAAUAUACCGCCAACCAGAAGUUCAUAAAAUGGCCUUGGAAGUUGAAGCUGUUGAAGUGGCUGCUUCUGGUCCGAAGAGUGCAGCAGCCUUAGAAGCAGAUGCUACACACAAUGGCUUAAACUAUAUCGGUCUAGAUGAUGGGAAUAUUGGCUGUAUUGUAAAUGGAGCUGGAUUGGCUAUGGCUACUAUGGAUUUGAUUCAUUAUCAUCAUGGUAAACCUGCUAAUUUUCUUGAUCUGGGGGGAAGUGUCACUACGUCUCAAGUUGAAAAAGCAUUUCACAUACUUGCCAGAGACUCACGAAUUGAUUGCAUUCUGGUGAAUAUAUUUGGUGGGAUUGUUAACUGCAAAACAAUUGCUGAAGGUCUUAUAUCAGCCUUAAAGAAUGGCAUCGUUAAUAUACCGGUUGUUGUUAGGCUUCAGGGUAAUAAUGCUGUAGAAGCUCAGUCCCUUAUUUCUAACAGCGGUUUAGAGUUAAUCGCCGUCGACAGCUUGGAAGAAGCAGCGUCACUUGCAGUCUGGAAAGCAGCAUGUAUACGUCAUAACUCCUUGGCCUGUGAUUCAGUUGCUUAA